CUCUAGAACUAGUGUUUCUUUUUGGGGAGAGCUCUGUUGAUGUACUAACUAAUUCGUUCUCUCCUUGAAAAUGGCCCUAAGAAUUUGUAGGCUUAUUGCUCCAUUAGCAUCAGCAGUGUCAAGAACAAACGUAGUAAAAAUAUCUCCUAUUGCUUUGCAAAACAAAAGAUUUCAAACAACAGAAGCUAGCAAACCCACUGUGGCAGUCCGCAAUCCACUUGUCAGACAGCAGCUGACAGAUUUUGGAGCAUAUGUAGCAGAAUGUUUGCCUAAGUAUGUUCAGAAAUGUGAGGUCUCACAUCACGAGGAACUGGAAGUGAUGAUUCACCCUGAUGGAGUUAUCCCAGUUCUAUCCUUUCUCAAAGAUCAUACCAAUGCCCAGUUUCUCAAUAUUGUAGACAUUGCCGGGUUAGAUAAACCAACUCUGGAAAAUAGGUUUGAGGUUGUAUAUAUGCUGUUGUCCCUCCAGUUUAAUGCUAGAAUACGUGUUAAAACCUACACAGAUGAGCUAACACCUAUUGAGUCUGCCUGCUCUGUAUUCAAGGGGGCAAACUGGUAUGAAAGGGAGAUCUGGGACAUGUUUGGUGUGUUUUUUGCCAACCAUCCUGAUUUAAGACGGAUACUCACAGAUUAUGGAUUUGAAGGUCAUCCGUUCAGAAAGGACUUCCCAUUGUCUGGUUAUGUUGAGGUUCGCUAUGAUGAUGAAGUGCAGCGAGUUGUUAUUGAGCCUUUAGAAUUAACCCAAGAGUUUCGUAAAUUUGACAACAACACUCCUUGGGAAACGUUUCCUGCUUACAGAAUUGCAGAGGGAAAAGACCAGACAGCAAGCAAACCAGAAGAAAAGAAAUAAAUUUUUGUAGGUAAACAUAGACAAGGAUCAGCUGUUGACUGCUCAGACAUUUGUUAUUGUAGUCCAGUGAAAGUAUAUUACCUGGGCAGAGGCUACUAUCUCAAUAGCUUUUGUUCUGAACUAAAUUAUGGUAUUGUAAUAUUGAUAUAAAUACUGUGUGAAUUAAAAGUUACUUCUUUAUAAG